AUGGCUUUAUCUGAUGAUUUAUUAAAAAAAAAUGGGAUUUUAUGUUCUUAUUAUCAAUAUUACCUUGCUGUUGCUCAUUACCAUCAAGGUCUCUACAAUGAAGCCAUUUAUCAAUUGGAAAUGAUUGUAAAAGAACAUGGAAAGGAUGUUUAUUUAUGGAGUUUAAUGGGUCAUUGUUAUUAUAAACUUGAAGAUCACAUUAACGCAAUGGCUUGUUAUGAAUAUGUAUUAGAAUCUUAUAGUCAGCCAAAAAAUGUUCAUCUCAUACAAUUGAGGAUGGGAAAUUAUUAUUUACUCACAAAAAAAUUUUCGUGCGCGAAAAAAACAUUUUUUAACGGAUGUAAACAAUUGCCCACUCCUCGAAUGUGGAAGGGAUUCGGAAUCGCGUGUUUGAGGUUAGGAGAACAUGACAAUGCUGAAUUAGCUUUCUGUGAAGCCAAUUAUUUAGAUAAUGCUGACGCAGAAACUUGGGGAUAUUUAGCAUUAGUUAAUGGUUUAUUGAAACGUUUCGAUAUGUUGAAAAACUGCUUUUUAGAAGCCAAAAAGCUUUGGUAG